UGGUGCCUUAAAAAUAAAGAACCACCACUUGCUGGCAAAAAACAAAAACAUUUUGUGACAAUAAUUUGGUGUUUCUGUAGUAAACACAUCUUGUGGUUUUUUGGUUGUUUUUUUUUCUUCUGAAUCUUCAAUUCCCUUUGGGUGUAAUCCACUGGCAUAAAAAUAAGCAGUAUCACAACUGCUUGUGUUUCUAAGCUCUCUGCUUACACAGGAAAACUGAAGAUACUUUCACACAUUUGAUACUGUUAAAAAAUUAAUAUUUUUUUCUUGUUACGUGGACUUGAAAAGAAGUUGGUCUAUGGAAAAAAUGAAUCCUAAUGGCUUCCUGUUUCUGAUCAAAUAUGACACCAUGUUUCGACAGAAAUUACAUUGUCUGAAUGUUUUUACUCUGGAUAUCUUUAAAGGAAAUACCUUCACUAGUUUAAAGGUUGCCGUGGGCCUGGGGAGGCUGAAGUUGGAGCAAGAAGAUGGAUCAACAAAGCUUAAUUCCUGAAUCCAGCAGACUUUGUGUUUUUGCUCUCUGCUGAGUUCUUGGCAGAUACCAAGAGUGAGAUCCUUCACACUGACUGGGAGGCUUUUGUGGAGGUGGCACCAGGGCUGGCAAGGGGAAUUCCGGAGCAUGCUCUUCUCUGUGUUGCUGACUGACGUAUGAAGUUGUCAGCAUGACACUUUGAAAAUGUGAAGUAGCACAGAGUACUUAACUCUGUUAAAAACGCUAAUUGUCUUGGAACAUUGCCGCUAAGCACAGCAAAUGUUGCUUCCCUCAAGGAACUGAGACAGCUGCAGUAACUUCUCAGAAAAUAAGCAGCUGGUGGUGUAUGGUGGAGUAAUUUUUAGACUCUUCUCAGCAUUUACUUUUGGCGACCUCCUCUAGAGCUUGUAUUUCUGGUAAACUUGAAGAGCGAAGCUGUUUGAGGCUGAUUAAGUAUGAACUCAUGAGGCACAGAAUUUCACGUGCGUGUCCUGUGAAGUCGACAGGUGAGAUUCAACCAGCUGCCCAGGAUGAAUCCUUUCUGUCAAGAAUUUCAGUGGAUGAGUGGUCCCCUUCUCAAUGAAGAAGUCUUCCGCAGCACAUCAGCUCGCAUUUCAGGCAACAGCAGAACAAAUUCGCCUUGCUCAGAUGAUCUACGAUAAGAAUGAUGCAGAUUUUGAAGAUAAAGUGAAACAACUUAUGGAAGUGACGGGGAAAAACCAGGAUGAGAGCAUAGUGGCAUUACAUGAUUGUAACGGGGAUGUGAACAGAGCAAUCAACAUACUGCUGGAAGGAAGUUCAGACACGACUUCUUGGGAGACUGUAGGGGGAAAGAAGAAAAGCCUUGGAAAGGAAUGUUCAGAAAACAAAGAGAACAGAGAAAAACGAGGGGACAGAGAAGUGAGUCGUGGACGAGGAAGUUCCAACAGAAGGGGAAGAGGAGGCAGCCGUGGCCGAGAGUUUAGAGCUGAAGAAAAUGGAGUGGACAACAAUCAAGGAGACAGGCCUUCAGACCGUGGGAAGCGUGGCCGUGGGAGAGGGUUUGGACGUGGCAGAGGGAGAGGAGCGGGGAGGUUUUCAGCCCAAGGCAUGGGGACAUUUAACCCUGCAGACUAUACGGAAUCUUCUGCCACUGAUGGCUUUGGGACAAAAUCAGAGAUUUGGGAGACUGGUCAGAAUGAUGCAGAUGAUGGAACUGGAGCGUGGAAAAACUCAAUAGAAGAAUGGACAGCGGAAGACUGGAAUGAAGAUCUUUCUGAAACAAAAGUCUUCACUGCUUCCUCUGUUCCAGCUGAGAACCAUGUGACUCCUGGGCAAAGCAUUGAUCUGGUAACGCUGCUUCAAAAGCCUGUGACUUCUGCCCCAGAGACAGAAGGCAACUCAUUUGAAGCUCCCCAGCAGCAAACCUUUGGCCAAGCCCUAGUCUUCACAAAUUCUCAGCACAGCACCCAGAUGGCAUCAGGAACUGGCAGCUCCAGUGCUGUAAAUUCUUAUUCUCCUCAAAGCCUGUCUGCAGUUCUUUGUUCUGGCUUUGGAGAACUCGGAUCCUCUAAAUUGGCCAACUCUACUGGAUCCCAAAUCUUAGACCAGUUGAAAUCUCCAGGAUUGGGUCAGUUUACCUCUCAACAAAACAACAGUAGCUCUACCGCCACUACUGCGACUACAACGUCAUCCUGGGAUCUGAAACCGCCCAUUACUCAGUCCUCAGUCCUAAGUCAGUUUGACUUUAAAUCCCAGCCUGAACCAUCCCCAGUUCUGAGCCAGCUGACCCAGCGACAGCAACAGCAAACGCAAACAGUCCCUGUUCCUCCUCCUGGGCUGGAGUCCUUCUCCUCCCAGGUGAAACUCCGUGAGCCGUCGCCUGUAGACUCCUCUACAGCUGUCAGCAAAAUGUUACAGCUCCCCACUCUAUCUAUGGAUAACCAGACAGUGACUGCCCAUCAAACCCAGCAGAAACAGAUAAAACCACCAAAGCGGAGGAUAGCUCCAGCAUCCAAGAUUCCUGCCUCUGCAGUGGAGAUGCCUGGAUCAGCGGAUGUGACAGGGUUAAAUGUUCAGUUUGGAGCUCUGGAGUUUGGAUCAGAGCCUGCACUCCCAGAGUUUGGAUCAGCUUCAAGCAGUGAGAAUACCAGCCAGGCGACCAACAAUAGCUUGUACUCAAAAUCUGUAAAUGAUCCUUUGAAUACCUCUUUGCCAAUAUCCAAUACAGUACAGGAGUCCACCUACACAACUUCUGCCAUCACCUCUUCCAGCCUGUCUUGCUCAUCCCAGAGCACUAGCCCAGUAACAACAACUUCCUCCUAUGACCAGACUUCUGUGCAUAGUAGGAUAGCGUACCAAAGUUCCAUGGCUUCGUCUGAAUCAAUCCCUGUUGCAGUUACGAACGGGCACAGUGGUGUUAGAACACAGGCAACUCUUGACACUACUUCAUCAGUUCCAGCGCCUAAGACAGAGCCUUCUCCCUCACUACCUUCUGCUGGGCCUCUGCCUAGCGUGGUGUCCACCACUGCUUCGCUUCUGCCUUCAGCAUCGCAGCAUGCAGCAACGUUGCCCAACUUGCCUCAGUCCAGUGAUUUGGCCAGCAGCUCACUUUCCCAGUUAAGCAGCUCCCUUUCCAAUCAUCAGAGCAGCCUCUCCCCAGCCUCAGUGUUGUCAUCAAGCACAUCACAUGCACACACUAGUGUUGAGAACACAUCUUCGCUCCAGCCCUCAACAACCUUUUCAACUGCUUCAACCUCAGCCACUAGCACCACCUCUUCAGUUGUCAGCAUGGCAAGCAGUAUGAACACUACAAACAGCCUUGGCCUGAGUGUUACCAGUGUGUCUAUACCAGCUGCUACCACGCGGGCAGCUCCCUUAGUGUCUUCAGGCAAAGCUCCCCCAAACCUGCCCCAAGGUGUACCGCCCUUGUUGCAUAACCAGUAUAUUGUGGGACCUGGAGGACUUCUGCCUGCCUACCCACAGAUUUAUGGUUAUGAUGAUCUCCAGAUGCUCCAGUCCAGGCUGCCAAUGGUAAGUAAAUGGCUUGGCUUAUUUAAUUUUAAUUAAGUUACCAUCAGUGUU